AUGAAUCGAGCACUGACAUGUCUACGCUGUCGGGGUCUCAAGCUACAAACGCGAGCCGUCUCUGCGCGCACAUUUGCAGACAACAAGCGGCCGCCUAUAGCGCCAAAGCCCAUCAUCGACAUCAAGCACAUUCGUCAAAACCCAGAGCUAUAUGAGCUCACAUGCCUGGAGCGAAACUACAGAAAUCAAGCAACAUACCCCGCCAGGAUCCUGGAGCUGCAUUCCGAAUGGCAGGUCUUGCAACGACAGGGGCGCGCACUCCGCGAGAGGUCAAAUUUGCUGCGGAAAUUCCUCGCGAAUCCGGCCACGAGCAGCGGGGAUGAUGAUGUCGAGGAUAUUCGGGAGAUGGGCAGGGAGCAAGUGCAGGACGAGGCGAGGAAGCUGAAGGGUGAACUGGCCGUCAUCGAGAAGGGCGAGGCUGAGGCCGUUGCCGAGAUGGAAGCGCUCGCGUUGGAGAUUCCGAAUCUAACGAGCCCCGACACUCCUCGCGGAGACGAGGCUGUUCUUCUAAGCUACGUCAACGACCCGCCGACGGCUUUUGACAACUCGCCCGAGAACAAAGUCUGGCGGUCGCACGUGCAUGUCGGCUCGGAGCUGGGACUGUUCGACUUCUCAGGCGCGGCCACAGCUUCCGGCUGGGGAUGGUAUUACCUCGUCGGCGAGGCCGCUCAACUCGAGCAAGCCCUCGUGCAGUAUGCGCUCGCCGUCGCCACCAAGUACGGCUGGACUCAGGUUUCGCCGCCGACAAUGGUAUACAGCCACAUCGGAGCGGCGUGUGGUUUCCAGCCACGCGACCAGCACGGCGAGCAGCAGGUCUACGCCAUUGCGCAAUCCAAGGCCGAUGCGGACCGCGGCGUGCCCGAAAUGUGCCUCGCGGGAACAUCUGAAAUCUCCCUCGCCGGGAUGAAGGCCAACACCACCUUGGACCCGGAGGACCUGCCCAUGAAGCGCGUCGCCGUGUCUCGGUGCUACCGCGCCGAAGCAGGCGCGCGUGGCGCCGACACCAAGGGCCUCUACCGCGUGCACGAAUUCACCAAGGUGGAAAUGUUUGCGUGGACGAGCCCCGGCGAGGACGAGGCGCAGGACGUGUUCGAGGAGAUGCUCGACAUCCAGACGGAGAUUCUGCAGUCACUGGGGCUCUACUGCCGCGUCUUGUCCAUGCCGACUGCAGACCUGGGUGCCUCGGCCACGCGCAAAGUAGACAUGGAGGCCUGGUUCCCCAGCAGACAGUCCAUCAACAGCGGCUGGGGCGAGCUGACGUCGGCCAGCACGUGUACGGACUACCAGACGAGGCGGCUGGCGACGCGCACGCGGGUCGACGGCAAGAUCAGCUUCCCGUGGACGUGCAACGGGACGGCGCUGGCGGUGCCGCGUGUCAUGGCGGCGCUGUUGGAGAACGGCUGGGACGAGGAGACGGGCACCGUGACCAUCCCCGAGGUCCUGCGGCCGUGGAUGGAUGGGCUGGAGCGCAUGGGGAGGGUGGGCAAGAGGAGGAAUGCGCAGGAAGUGACGUUUAAGCAGAAGGACGGGCACGUCGAGGAGGCGUAG